UCGUCCUAUUCGAGAAAGAGAAGUGCAAACAUCGAUUGAAAUCUUAAACAUAGAAAAUAAGAUUUAUUACUUAAAAAAACAAUACACUCAUGGAUAUACAAAAAGUGAAUUCUUUAAAUGUUUUGUUAAACAUGGUAUCAGGUAAUUUGUUACCAUUGACUGCUGACGAUUCGUCAUUUUCUAUAUUCUGGAAAAUAUAUAGCUUUCUAGUGUGGUUGUUCGAAAUAAUUCAAAUUUGCAUUCUAAUUCCUGGGUGCCUUAAUGUGCCGAAAGAAAAGGCUUUAAAAGACGGUCUAAUUGGCAUUGUGGUCACAAUAGAAGUGGUCUUCCUGGUCGUACAAAUUCACGCACGUAAAGAAUUGGUGCAGGAAUUGAUCCAAAAAUUGAAUAAUAUUUUGUGCGUGGAUGAUGAUAUUUUGAGAAACAUAGUAAUGAACACGAUAAAACCGAUAGGAAUUCCCCUUAAAUUUUACUGGACAGCCGGCGUGAUGGCUAUUAUUAUAUGGAGUGCUGUACCAUUUACGAUCAUUUUUCAAAAAAAUACCUUUUUUUACGUAGAUUAUAGAAUGCCGGUCGUGCUUUCCAAAGAGCCAUUCUCGACCAACAUUUUUGUGUUAGGAAGUUUUGUCGUAAUGAUCAGCAGCAUGUAUAUUUUUACAAAGAAAGUCGGUGUGGACAGCUACAUGAUAAAUAUGAUAUUGUUAUUAACAGCACAAUAUAAAUAUAUCGCUUCAAAGCUCUCAAUGAUAUUUUGCGAUAAAAUUUCGCAGAUUAGUUGCAAUGUUUCUAAUCAAAAGAAGUAUUCUCAAAUACAUUUUAAUGCAGAAGAACAAAUAAAAUCUUUAUGUCGGCAUCAUCACGCGGUUAUUCACGUAACGUUAUUGUUAAGAAAACUGUUAUCUUUGAAUUUUAGUCUAAUAUAUAUUAUCAGCGUUCGUUUUUGCUGCAUCGCUAUUAUGGUGGUUUCAAUACCAUCAGUCGCUUUAGUGGAAGUGCUCGUAAUCGUUAUGUACGCAUCGGGUGGAGUAGUACAGCUCUACAUAAUGUGUUCUUGUGUGCAGCAACUAUUAGAUGCGAGUAUUAAAAUAACGGAUCAAGCAUUUCACGAGGAAUGGUAUCAAUUUGGAUCUUCUAUAAAACGGAUAUUCAUGUUUAUGAUAAUGGGUAAUAGUUUAGAAAUAAAACUUUCAACAUUUGAAAAAUACAAUCUGUCUCUGCCCUCAUUCAUGGUGAUUUUGAAUCAAUCAUAUAGCAUUGCGCUUUUAUUAUUAAAAACUAAUUGAAAAAUGAGGAUGACUGUAUAGGUUUAUACACAGUAUUAAAUAUAGUGUUAAAUGUACAAUAAAAUAGACAAUUAUUAAAUGUAAGUAAAAAUGUUAGUACAAUAUACAGAUUUCACUGUGUGAUGUAGAUAAUUGAGAAUUAAUAAACUCUAACUGUUUAUGACAA